UGGGCCACCGCCUUCUUCAUGGCCUUCAACCGCCGCUGGGGCUUCCGCCCCGAGCUGGUGUCGGAGACGGUGGGCGUCCGCGCCUUCCACUUCAUCGAGCAGAACCUCACCACCUACUACGAGAUGGCGCUGAUGGACAAGAAGGAGGCGGCGACCUGGGCCCGCAGGAUGCACUUGGCGCUGAAGGCGUACCAGGAGCUGCUGCGGACGGUGCAGGAGAUGGACCGGUCCCCCGAGCAGGCAGUGCGGGACAGCAGCCAGGUCAUCAAAAGCAACAUCUUCUACCUGAUGGAGUACCGGGAGCUCUUCCUCGCCCUCUUCCGUAAGUUCGACGAGACCAAGCAGCCGCGCAGCUUCUUGCGGGACCUGGUGGAGACGGCCCAUCUCUUCCUCCGCAUGCUGGAGCGCUUCUGCCGCGGCCGCACCAGCCUCGUGGUGCAGAACAAGCGUGUGCGGAGGAAGAAGAAGCCACGAGCACCCGAAGGUGAGGUGCCCCUCCCCGAGGACGUGGUGCCCUUCGACGCCGCCUCGGAGACGCCGGUGGAGGAGCAGCGCGCAGAGGCUCUGCUGCGGAUCCAGGGGUGCCUGCGGGACACCCAGGCCCCCCAGGCCCUGCGGCUGCGCCGCCCCCGCCGGGACGUUUGGCCCGAAGGGGACGUGUUCGGGCCCCCUGACGCGGGGCCGCCCGAGGAGACCCAGCUGCUGCGGGAGAUCCUCUUCGCUCCCCUGCCUGGGCAUGAGCCCCCUGAGGCUGAGGAGCCGGAGGAAGAGGAAGAGGAAGAUGAGGAAGAGGAGGAAGAGACCGUGCAGGUGUCAGAGAAGGAGUUCAACUUCCUCGACUACCUGAAACGCCCCGCUGCCGGCGCACACCAGGAGCUGGUGGCGUUGGCCAAGUUCAUCCUGGGCAAGUUCUUUGCGCUGGCGGCCACCAACAAGAAGGCCUUCGUGGAGCUGCUCUUCUGGAAGAGCCCGGCGGCCAUUCGUGAGAUGACGGAGGGCUACGGCUCCCUGCAGGAGGGAGAGGGGAGCCGGGUCCCCCCCUGGACCCCCCAGGAGGAGCAGGAGCUGCGGGAGCUCUACUGGAAGUACAAGGAGGUGGAAGGCGAGGACGUCAUCGCUGCCAUCCUGGAGCAGGAGGAGGAGCUGACGCGGCUCUUCGAGGAGUUCCAGGGCUCGGAGGACGUCCUGGGGAACAUCAUGAAGCACCUGACGGCGCGGCGGUCGCGGGCUCGUGUGGUGGAGAAGCUGCUGGGGCUGGGGCUGGUGUCGGAGCGCAAGGAGCUGUACAAG